UGUCGUUAAUAUUCUUUACUCCUUUUUUUUAUUUUUUUUUUUUAUACAAGUUUUCGUGAUGAUUGCUCAUCUGUAAAGCAGAUGGAGGUGUUGUGACAUUGUUACGAGAUUGUUACAUCUCAAGGGAUCAAUUGAAUGAAAAAAAAAGGAGACAGAACAACAUUGACGCAAGGGAAUAUGUGGUCUGGCCUGGUCAGGCACGUAUCUUCAAAGACGUUGGGCUUUUUCGAGCUUCUAUCCUAUGGGCGAAAAAAAAAAAAAACUCGAGGGGCAUUUUUUUUUAUGCGUGUGUUCGUUGUUGUAACCAUUGCGAGUGUUCGUGGAAAGAGAAUAUAUGUUUUUUGCACUGUCCCCCUUCGUCUAUUUGCAUAUCUAUGCUCUUUAUUUGUUCUUGAACAAGUGCCUGCAUUUGUCUUUGCCCAAACUGUUCAAUCGUCCUGGGUUGUGGGCUUCUCGUUGGGAGGAGAGGGUCAUGGCGGAAGGGGCCAUUUGUUGACCCCCCCCCUUCUCCUUCCCUUUCCCUCUCUUCUCCUGCCUUGUGUUCUGCAUAUCUAUCCUUCACAUUGUUUGUUCUUCCUUUCGUUCUUUCCUCUCUUUCUCACCUGACGUCCAAAGUAGGAUCUACACGCAAAUGAUAGCCCACUAACCACUGAUCUUCUUUAUCUUCUUUUUCCUUCUUUUUCUUUUUUUUUCUGUUUCCCUCUUCAUUUUUAUUAUUCUUAUAUUUUUUUAGGUUGAUCAGGACGAUCCCCGUAUUUAAAGACCCUUUUUUUUUUUUUUUUUUUUUCUUUCUUUGUUCUUCUUUUUUCCUUCUUUGUACAAUCACCAAACAGUCGAUUACAAUCCACUUCAAUUCCAACGGCCUCUUUCCAACCCUUCACUCGCUCUCUGACCUCCUCCCCCCUCCCCUGACCCUCAGUUC